AUGUGGCCGUCACCGCCGGUCAGCUACGUGCCCUUAGAUGCGGGCGCCGCCACGGAGGCGGAGGUCUCGGUGUCCACCGUCGCCGCCACGGCGGUCGCCACCGGUCACCUCAUGCUCAAGCUCGAGGGCUACUCGCGGCUCAAGGCGAGGCACGGCGGGAACGGCAGCUACAUAGAGUCCUCUGCGUCCAAGGUCGGAGGUCACACCUGGACGAUCCGUUGCUACCUCAACGGCAGCAAAAAGGAGGACGCCGGCUUCGUCUCGCUGUUCCUGCAUCUCUGUAGUGACCCCGACGCCGCCGUCGUCCUUGCCGAGUGCGAGUUCGCUCUGGUGCGUCACCAGGGCACGCCGCCGGCGUACGCUCACCAGGGCAAGCCGAGCACGACGUCGCACGGCUUACGCUCGGACACCGGCGUCUAUGGAGGCCAGGGCGGUACCUGCAGCUGGGGUUUGUCGCGGUUCAUCAGCGUGGAGGAGCUGGAGCGGUCCAUGUUCCUCAGGGACGACUGCUUCGCCGUCCGGUGCACGGUCACCGUCGUCCGGGAGCAGACCGUGAAGGAGAAGGCCGUGCAGCCGCACGACCUGGCGAGGCUGGGGAUGCUCUGCAAGUGCGACGACGACCUGUGCAAGCGCCAUCACGACAGGCCUGCCGAGACUUUCUUGGAGAGAUUUGCCAAGUUGUGCCACUACAUCUGUCGUGGUACUGUUUAA